UGUAAAGUGCGUAUCGCACUUGCGCGCACCUCGCGGCUUGACAAGAACACGAUGGCCAGACGUCUGGCGCUCGUGACCGGCGGAAGCCGGGGCAUUGGCCGCGCGAUCGCCCAGCAGCUGCACCACGACGGGUGGCAGGUCGCCAUCACAUCGCGCUGCGCAGACCGCGCGGCUGCGGCAGCAGCGUCGAUCGCGCCGGAUGUGCUGGGCGUCGCCUACGAAGCCAGCGCACCGGGCAGCGCCGAGGCCACGCUCCAAGCGCUGCAUGCGUUGAGCGGCGGCGUGCCCGUCACGGGCCUUGUCACUGCAGCGGGGAUCACGCACAACAGCCUUCUUCUUCGGCUACGCGAAGACCAAGCACAGUCGCUUGUCGCGACAAACCUUCUUGGCCCGCUCUUCAUGGCCAAGGCCGUCGCGAAAGGCAUGCUGAAGCAGCGCACGGGCAGCAUUGUCACACUAGGCAGCGUCGUCGGCGCGCGAGGCAACGUCGGGCAAGCCGCGUACGCAGCCUCCAAGGCCGGCCUUCUUGGCGUCACAACGACGCUCGCCAAAGAGCUCGGACCCAAGAACAUACGCGUCAACCUCGUCGAGCCAGGCUUCAUUGCCACCGACAUGACCCAAGAGCACAUGACCCAAGAUGCCCGGGCUGCGACGAUUGCGCUCACGUCGCUGCGGCGGCUUGGCACGCCCGACGACGUUGCGCAGCUCGUCGCCUUCCUCUUGAGCGACCGCGCGAGCUACAUCACGGGCCAGUGUCUUCGCGUCGACGGCGGCCUCGUCAUGUAAUCGCGUUGAACUUGGCACAUGGCUCCAUCUGUGUUUUGCAUUCGGCACGUGAAUGCCGAAUUUAGUGCCGCCCGCCGCCAGCGACGUCAACAAGCACCGUAAAAUAGGUGCGGUAUCCACGAUGCGCGAGCGUAGGUACACCUGCCGUGGCUACCCGCCAUGGGUCCAGUCCGCCCAUACAAGGAUCUACAUCCAUCAAUGGUGGUGGCUCUUAGUUACCUACGCCUGACGAGGUUGAUCCGUCGGUCGCCAAAUAUGUGCAAAGUAAGACCUUUGCCAAAGAAUUCACUUGGCAGCGCAGCCGUCGAAUCCGGUCUCGUUCGUAUCGAGCGUCACGGCUACCGCUAAGUAGCAAUCCUACGGCGCACGACGCGCUACAAGCGAC